CACACAAACUCCGGAAUGCCUUUUUUCGCCGAUGGGGCCGCCUCAAAAGUCCAAGCCUCUAGCCUUUAAAGACGCCCUCGUUUUGGAACAUCUCGUCAGCUUUGUUUUCCGCAAUGGCCGAAGCCUUAGACUCCGCCACCGACCAGGCGGUUCCGGGCACGCCUGGUAUAAAAGAAAUAAGAUCCGACACAGGCCCGGAAAAGCUCUCGGCUCAUGGAGCGGGUGGAACCCCGAGCCCGUGCAUAAGGAGGUUUGGUUCGCGAGCUGUAAUCGAUACAUCUCCGCCAUUUGGGUCGGUCAAGGAGGCCGUGACCCGGUUUGGCGGGAGCGGGCCUUGGUUGCCGCUUUACAAGCUCGGAGAAAACUAUAAUGGCAUUGAGGAGUUUGACAUAAAAAAAGUGGAGGAACAGGCAGCAGAGUUGGAAAAGGAUCUGAUUGUGAAAGAACUGGAAACACUGGAUGUCCUUGAAGAACUGGGAACAACAAAAAGGAUCGUGGAAGAGUUAAAGCGGCAGCUGCAGAAAGAAGCAUUGAAAUGCUUAACGGGCCAUGACUUCCACUCAAAUGAGCAGAUGUCAACUCCUGCUAUUAAGGAAAUGAACAAAGAAAAUCAUAGAAAUAUGUUCAACAACUACGAGCAAAUGGUGGGAUGUUCAAGCCCAUGCCCCACUUCGUCUCCUGAUUUGAUCUUGAUGGAGUUGAAGCAAGCAAAAGUUAACCUUGGCAAAACCAUAGAUGAUCUUGGGGUGAUUCAAAAUUCUGUUGAAUGUCUAAAUAAGAAAAUGAUGAAAGAGAAAAUUUUACUCGAGAAGACUCGUGAGAGGCUGACGUCAAAGUUUGCAGGGGUGUCAUCUCUGGAGGAGGAGCUUAAACAAAUAAGAGUAAUGCCACAAAUAGCAGACAACAAAGAAGCUUAUUGUGCAUUUGAAAAUCCUCCAAAUAUUAUCAGGGACUUUAAAUCCAUGGCUGGGCAGCAUAGGAGAAUGGCUGAAGCUGCAAGAUCUGAAGUUUCACUAAUGGUGUCCAUGAAUGAGCAGACAAAGGCCAGUAUGAAGACUGCUGAAAUGAGGUGGGUUGCAGCCAAAAAGAUGGAGGAAGCAGCUAAGGCAGCAGAAGCUGUUGCCCUUGCUGAAAUCAAGGCUCUUUCAAGCAAUGAGAGACCGCCGGAGUACAUACUGCCAGAGCCGGAGAAAAUUACCUUUUCUUUUGAAGAGCGAUCUCCUUUAAUCUCCAAAGCUCAAAAAGUUGAGGGGCUGUCCAAGCUCCAAAGUGAUGAAAGUAGUAUCUCUAAACUGGCCAUUUUGAAGAAGUUGAAGGAAGCAACAGAAGAAGUUAAACACAGUAAACACGCCUUGGAGGAGGCUUUGAACAGAGUAGAAAGUGCAAAUCGAAAGCAAACGGACGUUGAAGAGGCUUUCCGGAGAUGGAUUCCAGAGGAACAGAAGGGACAGGCUCUGUAUACCACUAUCAAGCGCAAUGAUUUUCACCCAUUAGAUCACUGUCAGGUUUCUCCACUAAAUGACGUGAACAAGCCAACAACCAUUUUACAUGAUGAUUCAAAGCCUGUUUUAAGGUCAACGGUUUCAAUGCGAGAUAUACUAAGCAGGAAGCAAGCUCUGUCUGAUGACUAUAAUAUAGCAGGGAAUGAAAUGGAAGGCCACAUUGAAGGAGGAAAGGUGGCUCUGAGUCAAAUGCUUCAUGCACUGAGGGGGGACCUGGAAUUUUCUUCAAAACCUGAGAAAGAUGGAAAUACUCAUAAGCAGUUCAUGGCACAGAGAAAGAAGUUUGGGCUCAUCCAUAUAUCCUUCCCUCUGACAAAGCCAAGUAAGAAAAAAAUGCAAGCUUUGAACGCAAUGUGACUUACAAAUACCCUCUUUUUACUGACGUCUCCUUCAUUGUUACUCCAUAUUGGUCAUGUGUGGUGCUUUCUUAGCCUAUAAAUUGUGAGAAAUUGUGCUUCUUUUUU